UCAAGUUCUUGGGCUGUUCUUCAAAGGCUUCAUCAAUGGCGGAAGGGCUGCUGAUCACUUCCCAAAUGGGUCUCUUUUGGCACCAAACCACUGCCCCUUUGAUUGCACCAUUUUUGAAGCUCUCUGUGGCUGCCUGUUUGGCCAUGUCCUUAAUGCUCUUCUUUGAAAGAGUUUAUAUGGGCAUUGUCAUUCUCUUUGUUAAGCUCUUUAGAAAAAAACCCCACAAAACUUACAAGUGGGAGCCCAUUAAAGAUGAUCUUGAGCUUGCCCAUUUUGCUUAUCCCAUGGUUUUGGUUCAAAUUCCUAUGUACAAUGAGCGAGAGGUUUAUCAAUUAUCAAUCGGAGCAGCGUGUGGACUUUCGUGGCCAUCUAAUAGAAUCAUAAUUCAAGUUCUCGAUGAUUCUACCGAUUCUUCUAUCAAGGAUCUGGUGGAAUUAGAGUGCAAAAGAUGGGCAAGCAAAGGGAUAAACAUAAAGUAUGAGAUUAGAGACAACAGAAAUGGGUAUAAAGCAGGGGCGCUAAAAGAGGGAAUGAAGCACAACUACGUUAAACUCUGCGAUUAUGUUGCUAUUUUCGAUGCCGAUUUCCAACCUGAUCCUGAUUUUCUUUGGCGCACCAUUCCAUUUCUCACGAACAAUCCCGAAAUCGCUCUUGUUCAAGCUCGCUGGAAGUUCGUGAACUCUGAUGAAUGUUUGAUGACGAGAAUGCAAGAGAUGUCAUUAGAUUACCAUUUCAAAGUGGAGCAAGAAGUUGGUUCUGCUACUCAUGCAUUUUUUGGGUUCAAUGGCACAGCAGGUGUUUGGAGAAUUGCCGCACUGAACGAGGCUGGUGGAUGGAAGGAUCGGACGACUGUUGAAGAUAUGGAUUUGGCUGUUCGAGCUAGCCUCAAAGGCUGGAAGUUCGUCUAUGUUGGCGAUCUUAAGGUGAAGAACGAGUUGCCGAGUACCUUCAAAGCCUAUCGAUAUCAGCAACACCGAUGGUCUUGCGGUCCGGCUAACCUUUUCAAAAAGAUGGUUAUUGAAAUCAUGAAGAACAAGAAAGUCUCCAUGUGGAAGAAGCUUUACCUGAUCUAUAGCUUCUUCUUUGUUCGGAAGAUCGUUGCCCACAUCGUCACGUUUGUCUUUUAUUGUGUUGUUUUGCCUGCUACGGUCUUGGUUCCUGAAGUGUCGGUGCCGAGAUGGGGUGCCAUUUAUAUUCCUUCGACGAUCACACUCCUUAACGCCGUUGGAACUCCGAGAUCAUUCCACCUGAUCAUUUUCUGGAUUCUCUUCGAGAACGUCAUGUCACUACACCGAACGAAGGCAACAUUCAUCGGUCUAUUCGAAGCAGGGAGAGUAAACGAAUGGGUCGUCACCGAGAAACUAGGGGAUGCGCUAAAGACUAAACCGGGUUCCAAAGCUCCACGAAAACCUCGUCUUAGGAUUGGGGAAAGACUCCAUGUUCUUGAGCUUUGUGUUGGAGCCUACCUCUUCUUCUGCGGCUGCUACGAUCUGAACUUCGGAAAGAAUCAAUACUUCAUCUACCUCUUCCUACAAUCAUUCGCAUUCUUCAUCGCCGGGGUCGGCUACGUUGGUACUCUGGUUCCCAACUCUUAGCAGACUCGUAUGCUCGACCUCGCUCGAUUAUUUAUACACACAUCGCUUCCCAAGACAAAGGGUUUGGAAGAAAGAAUCAUGUAGGGGAGUUUUUCCUGUUCUUAACUUAUUAUUACAUAUAUUUUUUUGGAGGAAGAGCUUUACUUCUUUUCAGUUUGGUAUAAUAAAAAGCUGGUGAUUUCUGAA